AUGGGAUCUGAGGAGGUCAGUCUUGGGGACCAAGUCAACCAGGCUAACUUCUCUGUCACAGAGUUCUUGUUGCUGGGGUUCUCUAACCUUGGAGAAAUCCAGCUCAACCUCUUUGUUGUAUUUCUGUGCCUGUAUCUGAUUAUUCUGAGUGGGAACAUCACCACUGUCACUGUCACACGCCUGGAUCGCAGCCUCCAUGUACCUAUGUACUUCUUCCUGGGGAUCCUCUCCAUCUCUGAGACAUGCUGUACCUUUGUCAUCCUGCCCAAGAUCCUCAUAAAUCUGUUGUCUCUGCUCAGAACAAUCUCAUUUAUUAACUGUGCCACUCAGAUGUUUUUCUUCCUUGGUUUUGCUGUCACUAAAUGCAGGCUGCUGGGGGUCGUGGGUUAUGACCGCUCUGCUGCUGUCUGUCAUCCACUUCGGUACCCUGUCCUAAUGAGCUGGCCGGUAUGUGGACACCUGGUGGCCACCUGUGCUCUGAUUGGCUUUUUGUUCUCACUGAUAGGCUCCCUGUUAGUCUUUGAACUCCCUUUCUGUGGUCCCAAUAAAAUCAACUACUACUUCUGUGACAUCUCACCAGUUAUCCAGCUUGCUUGUCCUGAAACCUACAUCAAAGAGCUGGUCAUCUUCAUUGGUGGAGUUCUAGCCCUCAUGGCCCCCCUGACUUUCAUCUGCAUAUCUUAUGGCUUCAUUGUCCACACCAUCCUGAAGAUCCCAUCCACUGAGGGCAAGCGGAAAGCCUUCUCCACCUGUGCCUCCCACCUCACUGUGGUCAUUGUCCACUAUGGCUGUGCUUCCUCUGUCUACCUGCGGCCCUCAGCCAAGUUCUCAUCUAACAAAGACAGUCUUGUGACAGUGACCUACACAGCUGUGACUCCAUUGUUGAACCCAAUGGUGUAUAGCCUCAGGAACAAAGAUGUCCAGACGUCCAUACGGAAAGCGAUUGCCAGAGGAAGAUUUUAUCCUAAAGCUCUGUGA